AUGAUUCUCACAGAAUUCGUCGUAUUCCCGGACGCCCAGGAUAAUGACACAUUAUUGGGUGUAGACUUUUUAGUAGCAGCUGGUUUAGCCAUUGACUUCGAUACUUCGACAUGGCGCUACCAAGGUUCUGAACGAGUUUUUCCAUUGGAGUUCGAGUAUCCCAGUGACCUCACGCCUUGUUCUGCUGCUGAUUUCUUAAGAGAAGACGAGGGAACUAUGCUGUGUCCUCCCGAGCGUGACCGCCUAGCUACUCUUCUGCAAUGCAACGAGGAUAUCUUCAGACCAGGGGGAGACCCAACGCCGUACGCUGAACAUCGUAUUGAUACAGGAGACCAUGCGCCUAUCUCAGUCCCGCCGUAUCGCCUCACACCUGCACGUAGAGAGGUCAUGAAAACUGAACUUGACAAAAUGCUUGCGGAUGGUAUUAUUGAGGAAUGCGAGUCUGCAUGGACCUCUCCUGCUGUUUUAGUUCCCAAGAAGGAUAACGGCAUCCGAUUUUGUGUCGACUAUCGAAAGUUAAAUGCUGUCACUAAAACUGAUAAUUAUCCACUUCCGCUCAUAGACGAGCUUUUGCAGCUGACGAAGCGUCAUUGUUUUAUGACUUCAAUAGACCUAAAGGCUGGCUAUUGGCAAGUCCAGGUGCGCCCAGCUGAUCGCGAUAAAACUGCAUUUAUAACGCCGUUUGGGACAUUCCGUUUCACGCGAAUGCCAUUCGGAUUGAAGAACGCACCGUCCACGUUCCAACGUUUGAUCGAUCGGUUCCGUUCUGGCUCUAGUUUACAAGGUAUUGUGUUGCUGGCUUAUUUGGACGAUUUAUUAAUUAUUUCUGAAGAUUUUGAAAGCCAUCUGGAGGACCUACGAAAAGUAUUUGAACGUCUGCGUCUAUUCGGUUUAAGGGCCAAUCGUGCUAAGUGCUUCUUUGCUCGUCCAGAGAUUAAUUACUUGGGCCACGUGAUAACCCCUGAAGGUAUCAAGCCGGAUCCCUCUAAGGUCGACGCAGUCCUACAAAUGGCUAGCCCUAGAAAUCUGAAACAUUUAAAGUCAUUUUUACAGACGUGCUCAUGGUUCAGAAAGUUUAUACCAAAUUUUUCGCAAGUAGCCCAACCAUUAACUAAACUCACUCGUAAAAACGAGUCAUGGAGAUGGGAUAGUCAGCAGCAAGAAGCAUUCCAGUGUCUAAAGGAUAGGUUGACUUCGGCACCCAUAUUAGUUCAAGCAGACUAUACUAAGCCUUUUGUGUUGCGAACAGACGCUAGUAACUAUGCCUUAGGGGCUGUGUUGUUGCAAGGUGAGGGCAUUGACGAAAAACCCAUCGAGUACGCCAGUCGAUUGUUGAUUCCAGCUGAGAAAAAUUAUACCACCACCGAGAAGGAGGCUUUAGCGGUUGUUUGGGCAACCGAUAAGUUCCGUGGUUAUUUGGAUGGACAUCCGGUUUAUGUAAAAAGUGACCAUCAGCCUCUCAAGUGGCUCUUAACUCUCAAGACGCCCAAUGGACGUCUCAUCAGAUGGGCUAUGAAAUUGCAAGCCCUGGAUAUUCACUACGAAUACACGCCUGGUAAGGCCAAUGUUGUGGCUGACACUCUUAGCCGUCCUCAGUGCGAUGAUACCAUCCUUGACAGUUGUGAUGUCUGCAAUGUUAUCGUCGAUUUGCCACGUAUAAGUUCCGCCGAUUUACGUACGGAGCAGUUGGAUGACCCAGAGGUUGCCAAAAUCAUCACUAGUCUUGAAGACCCCGAACCGGUCAGCACUCAAUGGUUGGAUAGAGGGUACCUUAUGAACCAAGGUGUUUUAUACCGUUAUCUUCCAGAUUCGGAUAGUGAUCAACCUCAGCUCGUGGUGCCCAUUACUAUGCGUGAGAAGAUUUUGCAAGAAUUUCAUGACGCUCCCACAGCCGGCCACCAAGGAGUGGAGCGGACCUUUAAUCGGAUCAGUCAUAAUUAUUAUUUCGUUGGCAUGCGCAAGUAUAUUGCAGAUUACCUCAAGAAUUGUGAAGAGUGCCAGCGUUACAAGGCAUCCAAUCAAAAGCCUUUUGGACUCCUACAGACACCAGUCCUCAAUCAGCGUGGAGAAGUACUCGCCAUCGAUCUCUUCGGACCCUUACCGGAAGGCGAGCGUGGCGAGAAAUGGGUACUACUAGUUGAAGACACCGCCACCAGGUGGGUGGAAUUGUUCGCUCUGAGAGAAGCCACUGCUGAAGUUUGUGCGCCCGUACUCAUUAAUGAAUACUUCCUUCGAUAUGGUUUCCCACGCCGUAUUAUCUCAGACAAUGGUGUCCAAUUUAUUUCCGCCACCAUGCAACAAUGCAUGUUUAUUCUUGGCAUCAAGCAAAACCUCAUUCCUCUAUAUCAUCCAGAAGCAAAUCCUGCUGAAAGGAAGAACCGGGACCUACGUACUCAGCUCUCGAUAUUGGUCAAAAAUGAGCACCGAUCAUGGCCUAAAUUUUUGUCUUCCGUGCGAUUUUCCAUGAAUAGUGCCACGUGUGCCACGACAGGUGCCAGUCCCGCUCAGGUUAUGUUUGCCAGAGAAAUGCGUACCCCAUUUGACGCGCAGCGUGAUUUUAGGGGCAUACUAGAUAAAGAGAAUUUCCUUCCUCAAAUUACUCCGUAUCUCCGUAGAUUUUUAGAUAAUUGGGAUUCAAUUAGGGAUAGGGCUGAACAUCAUCAGGAUGAUAGGAAGUUGCAAUCUGAUAAAAGUCGAUUAUCUGGUCCCAGUUACCAAGUAGGUGAUCUAGUCCUUCUCUCUACGCACCUGCUAAGUGAUGCCGCCAAAGGUAGAACGAAGAAGUUCAUGCCUAAGCGUGACGGACCCUACCAGAUUAGCAAUAUCGGAUGGAACGAGAUCCCUGAAAUUUUUGCCUCAACAGGCUUAGGUCUUGUUGGUAUUGGUCUGGGUGUUCUUGGAGCAUACAAUUACGUGAAGAACGAUGGAGACAAUAGAAGGUACAAGGGUACCUAUGUGGUGAUGAGGCCGGACGACCCAAGAGUGAAGCUUAUACGCAAGGAGUAA